CGCAACACUAGUUUUCGUAUGUCCAUAGAUAACCCUCUUGCUACUUUGGAUGCUGUACUCUCGAGUGUUGUGUUAACUAUGUACUUUUUGAGUUCUUAUUAUGGAGGAAAUUGUCAAGAGACUUAUCUACUCAGAGCACGUACUGAGCUUUGAUUUGGUCGGCGGGAACGAACGGAGGGUCAGCGGGGAGAUAGUGGCAGCAAUGGCCUUUUCCUUGUCAUCGGCUCUUUUUUUUGUUGUUGUAAAAAGACGACGAGGCGAAAUCACGGUUGUGACUAUGUCGGACUAUCAGAGAGGGUCGAAAAUUUGUUUUGAUUCAUGGUCGAUCUAGAUGGGCAAUCACGGUAAAAAGAGCGUCCUACUGUUGCUAAAUUGUUAUCUGCUAUACUGCAGACUUGGCGCUCUGGGUUGGUAACCUGUGCGUUGUUUACCCUUUUUUUCCAGAUUGAUGUGCUUUUCAAAUGAAGGUGACUUAUCCAAAAUUGAAGUCGUUAGGCAGUCAUGUACAUGUACAAUUUCUCAUUAUGAUUCUCCUUCUUGGACUAGCGGGUUCCAGUCCACUGCCCGGCCUCAUCCUUGUAUACUUCAUCGAGCCUGUAAUCUGGACUUGUGCUUGUAAUUGUGAAUUUAGUGCUACGAAAGCUAUGGAUGUGUCUUGUGGGUUUUACACUCGGUAAACUCCUUUCCUGCUUCAUUUGCUCAUAUGAAGGUUUGUAAGGUUUUGUCAACGGCCAGCUAAAAUCCGGGGAUGUAGCUCAGAUGGUACAGCGGUCGCUUAGCAUGCGGGAGGUGCGUUAUCUCCUGUUGAUGUUAUCGCUGUAAGCUAACUUUAGCUGGAGCGUUCAAGCUGUCUGGCAACCGUUAAGCAACGGUUGCUCCAAUCAGACUGAGUGCAUCAUUUUCAGAAUAUCAUAAACUGUGGGUUCAUCUUAAAACCCUGAAGAUCGUACUGCUGACCAAAUAAUCGAGUGUUUAGCUCUUACAAAGCGUAUGUUUCACUAAGAAAAUUGUCCCUGCUGUUAUUAUCUUUUCGACAACACAUUAUAACAAUAUGUUAAAUAGCUUUUUAGUCAUGA